AUGAAAGGCUUUCUUUGGCUCCUAAUUUUUCUUGUUCUACCUGCGGCAUGGGCACUGUCUCCGGCACAUCUCGCAUGUCAGCUCAAGAAGCCUGGACACCUCUCACCUCUGACCGGCUGUAGCCCUGGGACGAUCUUCGUCUCUCAAACUGAUCCCCGGGCCCGCUUUACUAGCGUCCAAGCCGCCCUACUGUCUCUCCCGGAGACGGGUUCGGCGACCAUCCUCAUAGGUGCAGGAGAGUAUCACGAAACGGUGAACGUAACGCGCACAGGUCCCGUCACACUCCUCGGCGAACUUGACCGAAGUACAGCCUUCGACCCUGCAGGGAAUGCCUCGACCCGGAACUUGGUCCACAUCUGGAACAACCAAUUCGUCCAGACGGGCAUGGACGACGCGCAGUCUGCUGUCCUCCUAGUCGCACCCUCUUUCAACGCGUCGUUGAUCGGAGCUGGUCCGACUGGCGCCCCUCUUCAACCUCUGUUUGGCAAUGUCGACUUCAAGGCGUACAACAUCGACUUCGAGAAUCGAGCGGCCAACUUUUCUAUCUCGCAGGCAUUGGUAACGGACAUCUCGUACGCGAACGCGUCGUUCUACGGAUGUGUACUUGCAAGCUACCAGGAUACGUGGUACACCGGACGUAAUGCCAGCACAUAUGUCAUCGACAGCAUCAUUUACGGACAAACGGAUUACUUAUUCGGCUUUGGCACUGCUUGGUUUGAGAAUGUCACAUUGGCCAACCGUGCAUGCGGUGGUGGAAUAUCCGCCUGGAAGGGCACGAACUUGACUGGCGCCCCUGGUAAUCGAUAUGGCGCAUAUAUCUCGAACUCGCGAAUCAUUCGGUCACCGGAUGCUAACGCGACUACCGUCACCGCUGGCAAAUGCUUUCUAGGCAGACCCUGGAACGACCUCGCAACAACGGUAUACUUGCGCACCUUCAUGGACGAUAGCAUCGCUCCGGCAGGAUGGACGCCGUUCGAUAGUGCUAGACCUGUGAUCAUGAACACGACGUUCUACGCGGAGUUCGAUUCAUUCGGCCCAGGUGGUAACACCUCCGCCCGCAUCCCACUGGAGCAUAUAUUGACAAAGGAGGAAGCAAAGAACUUCACAGUCGAGAAGGUCUUCCUUGAGCGUCCAAAGUGGAUCGACUUCGAGUACCUUGUGUAG